AUGGAAACUACAGAGACCACUACUGAACACUUUCGUGUCUCGCACAAUCCCUUUUCAACACCGCAGUUCGCGACCCCCAUCGGGUCUAUUCGGUCGCGAAGGCCUGAUUCGGCUGCUACUGAACCUCUAGCGCCUCCUGCUGGUACUCGCCGACGCUUCCGGAGUUCUCGAUUAAUCGGAGAAUUCGAAAAGCCAUGGCUGAACGACAAUAAGAGAAGACCCAACUGGGAUAGCAUCAUCUUCUAUACAUGUAUUACUAUUGCACUUGCUGUUUCCGGUUAUAUCUGCUGGAACGAGUAUGCAAAGGUUCCGAAACACGAAUGGUGCAUGAUUCUUGAUGAAGGCUUUGAGACCUUGAACACCGAUGUCUGGAGCCACGAGAUUCAGCUGAACGGCUUUGGAACGGGAUCCUUUGACUGGACUACCACCGACCCGAAGAACUCUUACGUUGACUCGGAAGGCCUUCACAUUGUCCCGACUCUUACCCUCGAAACAACCCAAUACACCGAAGCUCAGCUGCUCAACAACACUGUUCUUAAUCUCACCGCCGAUGGAACCUGUACCUACGCAGAACAGCGUGUGUCCACUCUUGCGGACUGGAGCGCGUGCGAGGUUAGGAGUAACACCACGUCCGGACAGAUCCUGAACCCCGUUCGGUCGGCGCGUCUCACCACAAAGGGCAAGAAGAAGAUCAAGUAUGGUCGAGUAGAAGUUGUUGCAAAGCUGGCAAAGGGAGACUGGCUGUGGCCCGCCAUCUGGAUGAUGCCCGAGGACUCUGUUUAUGGCCCAUGGCCCAAGAGUGGGGAGAUCGAUCUCUGUGAAGCUCGCGGCAAUGACGCAGAGACUUAUUCGCUUGGCAACAACAUUAUCUCUUCGACCAUGCACUGGGGGACCACAUAUCUGAAUGAUGCAUAUCUGAAGAGUACCUCCGAUUGGGGUGCGCAGCGCACUAAGUACAGCGAUGGAUUCCACACUUACGGUUUGGAAUGGACUGAGGAUUAUCUGUUUACCUGGCUUGACGGACGCUUGCGGCAAAUUCUUUACUUCGAUUUCAACAAAAACGAGAACAUGUGGAUAUAUGGUGGCUUUGCCGGUAGCACCGUGAACAAGACUGUCCCUAGCGAUCCUUGGACUCAAACGAGUCGGAAAAACACUCCUUUCGAUCAAGAGUUCUACCUUAUUCUCAAUGUCGCCGUUGGUGGCACCAAUAACUACUUCCCUGAUGAACUUGGUGGCAAACCUUGGGUUGAUGCUAGUUCCAGUGCCAUGAAGGAAUUCUACCUGGCACAGGGUUCUUGGCUUCCUUCGUGGGGCACCCCAGAAGAGCGUGGCAUGAUUGUCCGAUCGGUGAAGAUGUGGCAGCAAGGAGCUUGCGCAUAA